GGGAAGGGUGAAAACUUGAAACAGCGAUCGACAUCACGUUUGAAGCCUUUUAUAGUGGCUGUCAUCUUACAGGAUAAAUGGUGGUACAGCAGCAGGGCAGGCAGGAGAGACGUCACAGGCAGAAGGGCAGGCAGGCCGGAAGGACAUCACAGAGCUGCCAGAAACAUCUGAACAACUGGCACACAUUUACAAGGUGGUGGGCCACCAUCAACACCCUAGAGAGACUUGUCUUCCACAUAGUCAGCGGUGAUAGUCUUCUCCUUCCCAGGGUGGCCAGGGAGGAACCCCACAAUCGGAUGUCCACACACUCGCUGGCCAUCAUCUUCUCCUCCACCUUCCUGCGCAGCCCUGACACCAUGAAUUCCCCUGAAAUCAUGAAAGACAUGAACAAGGCCACCAUGUGUCUGGAGCUCAUCCUAAAUGAGUAGAUGAGGUCCUAUGAGAAGCUGAAGGAGCUGGAGCAGCUUGAGUAUCCUGAAACCCUGGCCAUGAAGCAACUAAAGCAGCAAGACACUGUAAAUCCCAGAGCCUGAGGUCGCGGCUAAUAUAUGGCUUUUCGUGACGCUCAUACUGUUACCCCUGUGAGACGUACGACUGAGGAAUGCCCAUGUGAUCUGAAAUGCAAAUAGAUGAGGCUGCCUUUGAUGACAGCGAGUCUGUCAAUGCAGACACAGAGAAUGACAAUCAAGUGGAGCCAUUGAUGGACCCAUCAUCCGCUUCUUCUGUGU